CCCGAGAAUAGCAUCAUAGCAUUGAGAUUAUAAACAGUGAGUUUGGAACAUUUCUGGGAGCUUGCAGAGACAAACUCGCUGCAUUCCUCGUUCCGGCAAGCCAUGCAUUUGAUAAAUGUUCUGUAGAUUAUCAUGAAGGUGUUGGUGAAAAACAGAUCCUGUCUGGUUUUUGUCUCCUGCUUAGUGACACAGAUAUGUGCUCAGCUCUGUCGAACCCCUUGCUACUGCCCGUGGAUUCCACCAAGAUGUCCUGCUGGUGUUCCCCUCAUCAUGGACGGCUGUGGUUGCUGUAGAAUUUGUGCAAGAAGGCUUGGUGAAUCUUGCAACCAAAUUUACCCAUGUGAUCAGACUCAAGAACUGACCUGCGAUUUUUCGACCAGCAUGGACGGAAGAGACGGCACGUGUAAUUAUAAUCAUGAUGGGAAUUGUGAACAUGAUGGGAAGGUGUACCAAGAUGGCGAAACCUUUCAGCCCAGCUGUAAAUUCCAGUGCAAAUGUCUGGAAGGUGGAGUUACAUGCACACCUCUCUGCAGUGAGGAUAUUCUGCUCCCAACGCCAGAGUGCCCCUCUCCGAAACGCGUUGAAAUCCCAGGGAAAUGCUGCCAGGAGUGGAUUUGCGAUGGACAGCAGAACAGCAUUUCUAGUGUUCUGGUGAGAGGAUCCAGUGUUCCUGAAGGAUCGCCACGCAUCAGACCGUUCACAUGCACAGAAUGGAGCACAGAGUGGAGUGCGUGCUCAGUAAGUUGCGACAUGGGAGUGUCCAUGAGAGUUUCAAACAAGAAUUCACACUGUAGGCUUGAGAUGCAAAGUCGUCUGUGCAUAGUGAGACCCUGCAGAGGGAUUAUCUCCACUACAAACAUGGGCAGUGCAGGAUGCACACCGACUGUCUUUUCUUCACAUCCAAUCAGAUUCGAGAUUCAAGACUGCGUCAGCGUCAAGACAUUUAAAGCCGCGUUCUGUGCUUCCUGCGGCGUGAGACACUGUGUACCUUAUCAGACUUCAAAUGAACUGGUGGAUUUUCAAUGCAGGACUGGAUUAACCAGGAAAAUGAUGAUGUUUAUUCAUUCGUGUGUAUGUUAUUAGUGUAAGAAUAAGUAUGCCUGUUAUAACUGCAAAAACAAAGCCAACCUUGUUAGCACGAAUUGCAUUUAUUUGAAACAAGAACUUGGAUAAAACCAUUAUAUGUUGUCUCAUGUGUAAUAUUAAACAUCAAGUUAACAGAAGAAAAAAUGAUAUAACAAAAAACAAACAAAAAUGUUCUUCUCAUGAGUGUGUUUCUCCGUUUUAAAAGUAAACGUAUCAUUUUAGAUAUGUUAAAAAUACCUCUGCUGGGUGGAGGUAUUUGAAUCAACUUCAACGAACGCCCCAUAUUUUUAUUUCCACUGGAAAAAGAACAGCUUGUCUAUUGGGUGUUUUUUUUAAAUAGAAUUUAAAGAUCUAUUUAUGCUGCAUAACUAAGCCUGAACGUUUUGCAAUAUUGUAUGCUGAUUGACACUAGCGUUUAAUAAACAUCUGAAUCAACUGAUAAAAAUGUCCAGCAAAUGCCAAGGGACACAAUAUGGUUAUAUUAAAUGACGGUAUUAUUGCAUAUAUUGUUCAAACUAAGUUAUUUGCGAUAUACCUAAACCUGGCUAUUUCUUAUAUAGUUCAAUUGUUUUCCAUAGCGCAGCCUGCAACUCUACCAUUACCAAUGUAAAAAGAGCACAAGGACUGGGUGGACUUUCAGGAUGCCUGUUAUUAUCAAACUUAUUCAGAUUGUUUUUAGACACUCUCUAUAGCAGCGAUUGCCAAACUCUAUUUUCAAGGCUCACCAACAGUCCAGUAUUUAGACAUUCCCCAUAUCAGUUCCUGUGGGUGUAUUGAUGAAACCUGAACUAUUGGGUGCCACUACUACGUGGAAAAAAUUCUCUCCACGUACUAAUCGUUCCUCUGCGGAAUUUGUAGAAAUACUUGGCAAGUUCUGCUCAUCCUUAGCCUGAGACGUUUUGGCACUGUGACCAUUGUUUUAAACUGUUUACUUUAUGAAUAUUUUCACAUUAAGUUUCGAACUAUGCAUUUUAUUUUUUUUAUAAAUCAUAUUAUGUAUGUAUUACAAAUAAAUGUUUUUAGCUGCUGUU